ACUUGCAACAUCCUUGUACUGUAUCAAAGUCGUAUAACAACUUGACUUGUCUCUGCUCUUUCUCCAAGUCUUUCUCACUCUCCAAAAUAGGAACUCAGACAAAGAUUCAACAACAUCCAUGGCUGAUGCCACCAAGUACCUUCCCAUAGGCGUUGGAGGGAACUUCAACUCAGACUUCAAAGUUAAAAGCUUCUUUCCCAUUCUCAAAACAAGAAAAACACUCGCGUUUGCCUAUGCCUUUAUGCUUGCCUUUGUUGCUUUCACUGUUUUUUUAGCCUUUUUCCCUUCUCCAAACAUUUCCUCUCCCUUCUUCCCCAACAUAUUCAGCUCCACUACUACCUCGUACAAAUCCCAACUUUCUUCCAUUUCCUCAUUCUUCUUCCACAACACCACUUCAUCUUCAUCUUCAUCUUCUCCCACCCUUCAUAGCAACACUUCUAGAUCCACCAAUAAGACUAUUCAAUCUCCUAACACAACUAGUACAAAAACAUUAAAAGCCACCCCUUUUGAAAACCGAACUCAAAAUGCUCUCAAAUCAUCUCAACAUGCCGUUCCAACUACAAAUAAGACAUCAAUGCCCACCCCAAGUUCUGCGGUGGCAAGUAAUCACACAGCGAAGGUACCAUCAAGUGUUAACAAUCGUACUCAAGUUUCUAGAACUUCAAAUGGUGCUGCCUCUCCACCCAAAGUUUCAGGGCCAAGUCCCAAUCAGAAUUUGAGUUUUUCGGUGAAGGGAGGGAACACAGAAAAGGGUGUUGCGCAUAAUAAUUACACGGCUUCCCUUGCGAGGAAACAGAACGAUAGGAACAAGGAUUCGCAGGUGAAGGAUGAAAAAGUGGAGGCUUUGAUCAAGUGUGAUUUUUUUGAUGGGGAAUGGGUUAAGGAUGAUUCUUAUCCUCUCUAUGAACCUGGUUCUUGCACUUUGACUGAUGAACAGUUUAACUGUAUCCAAAAUGGAAGGCCUGAUAAAGACUAUCAGAAAUAUAAGUGGAAGCCAAAGGGAUGCAACCUCCCUAGGUUGGAUGGACACCGAAUGCUAGAAUUGUUGAGAGGCAAGAGGCUUGUGUUUGUUGGUGAUUCCCUCAAUAGGAAUAUGUGGGAAUCUCUAAUUUGCAUUCUGAGAAACGCUGUGAAAGACAAAAGCAAAGUUUAUGAAGCAAGUGGAAGAGUUCAUUUCAGAGGGGAAGCCUCUUACUCUUUCAUAUUCAAAGAUUACAACUUCUCGGUGGAGCUUUUUGUAUCCCCAUUCUUAGUUCAGGAGUGGGAAAUUCAGGUCAAGAAUGGAACGAAGAAGCAAACUCUUCGUCUUGAUUUAGUUGGUAAAUCUUCAGAUCAAUAUAAAAAUGCAGACAUAAUCAUCUUCAACACAGGCCAUUGGUGGACUCAUGAUAAAACUUCUAAAGGGAAGGACUAUUACCAAGAGGGUAGCCAUGUCUAUGAUGAAUUGAAUGUUUUGGAGGCGUUUAGAAGGGCUAUAACAACUUGGAGCAGAUGGGUUGAUGCCAACAUUAAUCCAUCCAAGUCUAUGAUCUUAUUCAGAGGAUAUUCUGCUUCACAUUUCAGUGGUGGGCAAUGGAAUUCAGGUGGACAAUGUGACAGUGAAACUGUGCCUAUCAAGAAUGAAAAAUACUUGAAGGAAUACCCACCUAAGAUGAGGGUAUUGGAGAAUGUUCUAAAGUAUAUGAAAACACAUGUCACAUACUUAAAUGUCUCUAAAAUGACCGAUUUUCGGAAGGAUGGUCAUCCCUCCAUAUAUGGGAAGCAAAACCUUUCACCAGAGGAAAGAAAAUCACCAUUGAGGUACCAGGAUUGCAGCCACUGGUGCCUCCCUGGUGUUCCUGAUGCAUGGAAUGAGAUUCUAUAUGCUGAGCUUCUAUUGAGACACUUUCAGAAUCAGCAUCAGCAGAAUAGACCAUAGGAAAAGUACAAAACUUUAGGCUACUUAUAUUGAAUGAGUUUAAUUAGGUGCAAUAAACCAUUUUUGGCUCUUCCAUAUAAGGAUAAGGAAAGAAACAACCAUACAAGACAAGUUUUUCUGAUUUUUGUAAAGAUUCAUAAGGUUUAUGUUUAGUGAAACAUGAUAUGAGAGAAGUUCCUUGAAACUAUACAAUAUAUUUGUUUAUAUAAAUGAUACAAGUUGUUCAGAACUAGGGAAAAAUAGAAUAUAAUGGCUGGUUUAGUUUGUCAUUGUAAACCAUCCUCUCCCUUUCAAUUUAUUUUUGUUUGUAAAGGCUCAGUUCUAUUAAUGUAACCAAUUCCUGGAGCCAUCUCAAUAAAUAUGUAGUGGUGAACAAUUGAAGG